CAGAAUCUAGAUAGAGUAGAUGCUAUUAGAGACCUGCAUCAGAGAAUUUGUGCUACCAUGCCAAGGUUCUAUUAAAUAAGCAAGUCGAAAAUAUGUCACUACAAAAUCGACGACGUUUUCUGAAGCCAGGUGAGGCAAGCUUUUCAUCUGAUCGCAGUGAUGUUGAUCCAACGGCAGGCAGCUCUUUUGUGUACAACCCAUGCCAUCAUCAGCCCAUCAGCAAACAGAGACAGAGGCUACCAGUUUAUUCUGUUCGAGAUCAUAUCUUGUACCUGUUGGAAAAACAUCAAUGCUUGGUGGUUGUUGGUGAAACUGGUUCAGGAAAAAGUACUCAGAUUCCUCAGUAUUUGCUGGAGAGCGGCUGGUGUAGUGAUGGCCUCAUGGUUGGUGUCACUCAACCCAGAAGAGUUGCUUGCACAAACCUGGCCUCGAGAGUGGCCGAGGAACAGGACUGUCUCUUGGGUGACGUUGUUGGCUACACAAUCCGGUUUGAUGACACCACUACUCCUGCUGUUACUAAAAUAAAGUUCAUGACUGAAGCAAUUCUUGUCAGGGAAAUGAUGGGUGACCCUCUCCUGAGACAGUACAGUGUCAUAAUGGUGGAUGAAGUUCAUGAAAGAAAUCUCUUCACUGAUAUCAUACUGGGACUCCUCAAAAAAAUAUUGAAGAGAAGGAAAGACUUGAGAAUAAUUGUGUGUUCUGCUACCAUUGAUGCUGAACAUAUGUUUGAAUUCUUCAAUUUAAACCUCACCAACAAUAGAGAUGAAGAUACUGCUGCUGUCAUAAAAGUUUCUGGUAGAACCUAUGCUGUCGAUGCCUAUUAUUUAAAAGAACCUUGCGCGGACUACGUUAAGGAGGCGGCCGCAACAGCUGCAAAGAUCCACCAGACUCAGCCGCCUGGCGACGUGCUAGUGUUCCUGACGGGCGUGGAGGAGGUGGAUGCUUGUGUUGCUCUCACCACCGAACACCUCAACACCAGUACACGCCAUAAGGGCUCCAUGGCGAGUGCAGCAGUCUACCCUCUGCAUGGGUCGCUGCCGGCGACGGAGCAGUUGCGCGUAUUCCAGCGAUCGCCUCCAGGCGUGCGCAAGAUAAUCGUGUCCACGAACAUCGCUGAGACCUCCGUCACCAUCGCUGGUGUUGUGUACGGUCAAUUCAUUCUUAUUAUUAUUCUUAACAAGUGUGAGCUCUCAUACNAGGGCCUCGCUGUGGUCACCGCCAGCCGAGCCUCCGCCGUGCAGCGCGCGGGGCGGGCCGGCCGCACCAGACCUGGCAAGGUCUACCGGUUGUAUCCCGAGAGCGAAUUUCUCACGCUGCCCCUGACGACUCCUCCCGAGAUGGUGCGUACGAACCUUAGCCCUGCUGUCCUGAACCUCCUCGCCCUCGGCAUUGAAAACAUGCUUCGAUUCGACUUCCCAUCACCUCCCCCCGCUAAGCAUCUGAUCGCCGCGCUGGAGGAGCUCUACGCGCAGUCCGCCCUCGACGACCGCGUGCAGCUCACUGAGCCGCUGGGGCAGCGGAUGGCAGAGAUGCCGCUGCCGCCCCACCUGUCAAAGAUGCUGCUCGUUUCUGGCGCCAGCCUGAGCAGUUGGACGUGGCAAAAGGUCGUAUCAGUGCUACGUACUCUCUGUUCAUGCUGUGCCACUAUACGGCAAUAUGACCUAUUAAUUCUUAUGAAUAAAUUGCAGGUCGAGGAAGGAGACUUGCUGACGUUGCUGAACGUGUACGCCGCAUGGGUGCGCCACGAUCGCUCGCAACAUUGGUGCUCCAAGCAUUUCGUGAGCCACAAAGCUUUGUGUCGAGCUGACGAGAUAAGGAAUAGGAUCUGUUCUCUGCUCAUCAAGUGGCAGGUCAUGGAUAGAGAGAAUGAAGACAUCAGCAGCAGCACAAGUGGCAGCAGCAUCCGUCGCUGCAUUACGGCUGGUCUGUUCAUGAACGCUGCAUAUCUACACUACAGCGGCGAGUACAGAACCGUGAGGGGAAAUAGGACGCUCGCCAUCCACCCGUCAUCAGUGCUGUACACUCUGCAGCAACCCAAGUGGAUUGUGUACAAUGAGGUCUUGCACACCAAUCGCGCCUACAUGCGUGAUUUGACCGUAAUAGAAGAGGCUUGGCUGAUGGAAUUGGCGCCGCACUUCUACAGCAAAGGGCGCGUCUAUGAUGAAGAUUAAGCGCCAUCCGAAGCUUAAGCUAUGAUGAAGAUUAAGCACUUGUUGCUCCUGCUGCUGCGCUUGUGAACGCAUCGUGCAAAUGUUACCAUCAACGAAAAGGUUCUUCAAUCUACUUUCUCUGAGGUCUUGGUUCUUCACCACGCGCCUCACGCCCGGACACAAGAUGAGAAGGGCCCGCAACUCCUCAGUCCGGAUUCAGUACGUCAAGUGUUUUGAAUCGGUUUAUUCGAAGUGAAUUUGAUGCAAUUUUUAUGGAAAUUAGUGACAUACCUAUUCAGCAUGUGGCGAAGAAAACUUCAACUUGCAUUCUCAUUUGCCUCAAUCGAUAAAUAGGGAUAUCAGACUGUGAUAAUAGGUGGGAGGCAAUAAGACGGACUUGGAGGAUAAAGUUUUAUAAAAAAAAGACGCACAAAUGAGAACAGUAGUUAAAUUGCGUGAGUGGAGAGGAAAUAUUCUUAUGAUUAAUAUUGAUAUUAUGGCUAUCGUAACCAUGUGUAAAUCGAUAACACAGAUGAAUGCUCAAUUCAGAAGAAAAAAAAGGAUUAAAGUUAUUCGGGGAGCAACAACAUUACGAGGUGCGGGUGGGGUGUUUGGUAGUAACAUACUCUUUGCACCCUAGACCUUAUCGAACGUCUGUUUGCAUUGAUACAAAAUAGCUGCUUUGUCGUACGUCUUCGUUCCAACAGCGCAGUUUUAAUGAAACGUUAGUAGCUUUAUUAGUUGUAACUAUAAUAAACCUUAUUCAUUGUCAUAAUAAACAGGAGUAAUGCUCCAUCACAAUAAUUGUCUCGCAUGUAUUCGUGGUGCCGUUCAAUCCGAAUCAGAGUCCAGGGCAGCUCUCCGUCUGUCGAACUGCAGCAAAGAGUUCUCUUAAUCAUCGGCUUCUCGACACUCACGUUGAAUUAAUUAUCAAGUUCAAAAAUGACGUUUAAUAAUAAUGAUUGAUAUCGCAAAAUGUAAUCACUCGAAAAUAAAUUAGCGAAGUUAAAAUGCAAUGCUGCAACUGCGCGAGAUUCUUAUUACAAGCGUGCGACCCACCUUGACUUUGGUGUUCUUGGAGGUUUGUUUGUUAAGCUGCUCCACGAUGCUGAUCAGUUCAGGUUCACUCAUUUUUCCCAUUAGUCGCCCGCUCGUGGCAAGGUUUAUGAUGAAAGCCUCCAGCUGCUUACCCUUGUCUGGCUUAGCCAGGCAGAUGGUGUUUACUGGAAUUGAAGUGUGCAUUACGAAAAAGAAUAUAGACCAAGAGAAAAAUUAUCUACCCAGAUUGUAGAUGAUUUAUCUAGAUAUUUUAUAUCUUAAUAUCUACAACCUUGAUUUCAACUCACGAAUCGGUGUAGCUAUUUAGACUAAGAAUUCGCAAUCUAUCGAUCUUUAAACCUUUAAAAGAUGACGUCAAGAAAAGCGCCAUCAUAAAUUACAUGCCGCUUGUGAAGCUUACGUCUGGCAGCAGCCUCCUGACUCAACACCUGUCCGAUGAUGGACUUCUUGGUGGUCUCGCGCUCCUGUUGCUCCUGCUGCUGCGCCUGUGAACGCAUCGUGCAAAUGUUACCGUAGCUUCACACGAGAAUACGAUAAUUGAAAUCAGUGCAGGACAUUGUGGUUUAUUAUAAUUUAUUAUUUCAUUCAAAUUAGAAGUUACACUGAUAAUCAUUUAGCGUUUUUAUAAUUGAGACAGACUAUUAGAGAAUGCACACGAUCUAGUUAUGUUUUCAAAAUGUACCGGUAUAUAGAAAAAUAUAAGUGACGAACCUG